AUGUUCGAGCACAUCAAAUCCGGUCCUCCGGACCCCAUGUUUGAUCUCAAAAGGGACUCGGACAACGAUCACAGCUCAGAGAAAGUUGAUCUAGGAGUCGGAAUAUACAGAAAUGAGUCUGGCUUGUAUCAAGAGCUGGAGGUUGUGAAGUUGGCCAAGAAAGAGCUUGACCGACAGAAUCUGGGACAUGAUUAUGGGCCAACAAUGGGCGACCCUGAAUUUCUCAAAUUUGCUGCUUCGGUGAUGUUCGGAGACAGAUGCGGAGCACUAGCUUCUGGCAAGAUUUCAUCGGUCCAAACCAUCUCAGGUACCGGUGCGAAUGCCCUUGGCGCACUGCUGAUUUCGAAAGCCAUGUCUCCAAACAGAAAGGUAUACAUCAGCACGCCGACUUGGGGAAACCAUUUCGACAUAUUUCACAAUGUUGACAUGGAGACUGUGAGCUAUCCGUAUCUUGACUCAUCCAAGCACGCGGUGAACUUCGACGCUCUUUUGGAAGCAGUGCGGACGGCGCCUCAAGGUAGCGUGUUUAUUCUGCAGGGCUGUUGCCACAACCCCUCUGGCGUCGAUCUUAGUGUCCAACAAUGGCAGGAGUUGGCCACUGAGAUGAAGUCUCAUGGUCAGCUGCCUUUCUUCGACACCGCAUACCAGGGACUUGGCGAUGGGUUUGACGAGGAUGCGGCUGGUGUACGAAUCUUUGUCGAAGCUGGCUUGGAGAUGCUCGUUUGUCAGUCAUUCUCAAAGAACUUUGCGCUUUAUGGAGAACGAUGCGGAGCUCUUCACGUAGUGGCAGAUUCCACCGAGGUAGCUGCGAACGUCAAGGAUCGUCUUCGAAGUUUGAUUCGGUACACAUAUUCUUCUUCUCCAGCCUACGGCAGUCGCCUGGUAAAGAUUGUGUUGAGCAACUGCGAGUUACGAAAUGUUUGGGUAUGA